CCAGUAGCCUUUUGUGUUCACGGUGCCCUACACAGUCACCGCAUUCCUGUUUCGUUUACUACCCGCUCAUCCGAGAGCUCUGUAUUUGAGCUCUCCGGGAGAAAGUGGCCCAAUUGCGAGGAAAUUACUCACCUCUACUUCUGGGACUUUGCUAGGCUGUGGAGAUUCAAGUGGAGUGUCCAGCUCCAUUCAUACUUUUAUCCGUUCACUUACCUUCAGCGGACAAGGGGGAAGUGAACACAAAGAUAUAUUGUACAAGCGUGAAAUGGAUUAAGUCGCACUGAGGAAAGCUGGAGCACCACAGACGAACCAAGCGAAGGCGAAGGGGUCGGAGGGAGUCCAUGAAUUUCCAACAUCAACGAGAAAGAGAUUUUACCCGACCCAACAGCAAAAUGAUGUCUCCAAAAGACAAGCCCAAGAAGAAGCCUCCCAAAGACAGCAUGACCUUGCUGCCAUGUUUCUAUUUCGUGGAGCUGCCAAUCGUGGCGUCCUCCAUGAUCUCUCUUUACUUCUUGGAGCUGACAGACGUGUUACAGCCAGCCAAAGUGGGUUUCCGGUGCCACGACCGCACACUGAGCAUGCCCUAUGUGGAAACGGGAGACGAGCUCAUCCCUCUGCUCAUGCUGCUCAGCCUGGCCUUCGCUGGCCCCGCAGCGUCUAUCAUGCUGGGUGAAGCCUUGAUGUACUGCAUGCAGUCCAAACUGAAGAUUCGCUCUGGUUCAGAAGGAAGUAUAAAUGCUGGAGGCUGCAACUUCAACUCCUUUCUACGAAGAACAGUCCGCUUCGUAGGUGUUCAUGUGUUUGGGUUGUGCGCCACUGCAUUGGUGACUGACGUUAUCCAGCUGGCCACCGGAUAUCAUGCUCCAUUCUUCCUAACCGUGUGCAAACCCAACUACACACUACCAGGCGUGGCGUGCGACAAAAACCCCUACAUAACCCAGGACAUCUGCUCAGGCCGAGACCAGUAUGCCAUCCUGUCAGCAAGGAAAACUUUCCCCUCCCAGCACGCAACUCUGUCUGGCUUCGCAGCCGUCUACAUCUCUAUGUACUUUAAUGCCACCAUCUCGGACAGCACCAAGCUGCUGAAGCCUGUGCUGGUGUUUGCAUUUGCAAUAGCAGCAGCCCUGGCAAGCCUGACCCAGAUCACCCAGUACCGAAGCCACCCCAUUGACGUCUAUGUGGGCUUUGUGAUUGGAGCUGGCAUCGCAGUUUAUCUUGCACUGUAUGCAGUGGGGAACUUUAGAUCCAACGAGGAAGCCUCCCCAAGGCCAUUGAAGCAGCCCCCUCCUCCACAAAAAGAUCCUCUCAGAGAGCUGACACAGCGAGGCCAUGACUCGGUCUACCAAAAGGCCCAUGCAUCUGAGAGCAACGACGAGCUGACUGCUCCACCACAUGUUGCUGGCCUGAACCGCAAGGUGCGUCGAGAGAAGGCAUCGAUGGGCAGCCUGAAGAGAGCUAGUGCAGACGUGGAACUGCUUGCACCUCGCAGCCCAAUGGGGAAGGAGACCAUGGUGACCUUCAGCAACACACUGCCCCGUGCCAACACCAACGCCAUAGAGGAGCCUGCUCAGCGCCACAUGACUUUCCAUGUGUCGAUGGACACUCAGCGCUCCAAACAGCUGGUGUCCGAAUGGAAGCAGAAAUCAAUAGAGAUGCGUAGUCUCAGCCUCAGGGACGAGGAAGAGGAAGAAGGAGCAACUGCAGAGGGAGUUGACGGAGUCGAGGUGGAAACAUCUGACGAGCUGGGUAUGCCAACCUCUCUAUAUCCUACCGUGCAAGCCAACAGGGGAGCAACGGCGGCAGCAGGAGGAACCAGGGUGAUGAUGCCUCAGAGGCCCGGUGCCCCACAGUUGGUUCAUAUCCCAGAGGAAGCCACCAGGCCACCACCGGUGUCUCCUAAAAGUGCCAUCACAAGGGCUAAAUGGUUGUCCAUGAGCGAGAAAGGAGGUCCAGUACCAGCUGCAACUCCAGAACCUCCACGACUGCCCAACCAGCCACGGGUUAUGCAAGUCAUUGCCAUGUCUAAGCAACAUGGUCCAGGUAGCAUCACUACUCCAAAGUCCUCUGAGACAGCCUCAUCAUGUGCCACAUCUAGCACUGGUUCAGAGUCUCCAUACUACCGAAUUCCAUCAGAGCAAGACCGUAGCAGCAUUGUCACAGUGGAUGCUCACGCUCCUCAUCAUCCAGUGGUUCGUCUUUCUUCAGGCAAUGGGAACACCUGGGAUUGGAGGAGCACCUCUAAUGGCAACACUGAGGUGCAUGAGACCAGCCGGACACUGCCCAGACAGGAGUGCAUCCGUGAUUAUCGUCCCAGGAAAACAGAGUCCCUCUGCUCCUCUACCAGUGAUCUUGACCCAGGGAUGCUGCCUCCGCCACCUCAUCCUGACCUGCUCUUGGACAGCAGCCUCAGUCGAGAUUCCUCGCUUCACCGUAAUUCCUCGAUCUCAGCCAAAGACUGGGAACCUGGACAGCCUCACCCGGAACCAGACCACUUCUUUAAGAACUUACAAACAAACAGGCAAUUUAAAGAUUGA